ACAUACAUACAUACAUACCUACAUAACGGGCCCGCAUUCCUCGAAAACUCCAGAUGGACCGGACUCUCAGUGAGGUAAUGCAUGCCGUACCUACUUGGAGGUCUAGAUCGGCCUGAUUCUCGAGUCCCAAAACAAAGCCAUGUGUCAUAGCAUAGCUACUUACCCAGCUACGGUGUUUGCCUUUUUCUCGAUUGCAAUGAGUCACGGUACAUUCCUCAACGCAAAAAGUGGGUUUGGUGAUAGAAGAAGCACCUCGAAGUGCCUUGUGAACUCGUUCCAUGUGAUGGGCAGACGGAUUCGUAGUUUGGAGUCACUUUCUCUGACGAUCUAGAUAAAGUCAAGGGUCACAAGUGAAUAUGGAGUCACGGUAUGCAAAUAUUUCACAUGAAUGUUGAUUUUAUUUACUGUUUUGUCAACGUCCUGUACCU